AUGGACAAGUAUCAGCAUAUGAGAGCGUUUAUAUCAGCGGCCUUGGCCUACACCAAGCAUCCCAGCGAGAGCGUAAUUUCCGUUAUACAGAGAAACCUUGGAAUAAUAAGCGCGUCGUUGGACUUGAGUAUUUUCGAUCCUGGGACCAGCGUAGCCGCGGAGUUCUACGUGAGCCUGUACGAGCUUAUGAACUCCUUAGGAUCGCGCUCCACUUUGAUUUGGAGCGCCGUGGACGUUUUGCAAAACGCCUGCCGAAACGUACCCACCAGACAAUCGCUUAUCCAUACGUAUAAAUUUGCUCCGAUUUUAGCGCGAUUAUUAGAGGCAAAUCUGACAACUGAAAAAAGGAUACGAGUGCUAAAAUUGUUGCAAGAGUUAACGUAUGGAAUAAAGAUAUCGUGGCAGGAGGCACACCUGCCGUAUUUAAUUUCCAUAUUAACUCAAUGGGUGGUGCAGUCAAAUGAAGAAGAAAUUAUCGCACUCUCUUUAGGUGUACUAGUAAAUCUGUGUUAUAAAAAUCUUCCAGCGGUGUACACACUGAUGCGAACCGUCGAUACUAAGGCAUUUAUCAGAACGUUGUUGAAACUCCAAGAUCAUGUCAACACUAGUGUGCAAUGUUGUAAAUUAUUGAUUAUAUUGGAGCCGACUAAUACGAACAUAUCUGAAAAAUAUAUUAUGGACUUUGCGUCGCUGACGUUUGUCAGCCUUAGGACAGCGAUGAGUCAGAAAGACGUUUUAUUAUUGAGACAUAUCGUCGAUUUUUUCAACGACGUCGGGCAAAACGAGCAUUCGCGAAACGUAUUGCUCACAUAUUCAAAUUAUAGCAAAGAUAUAGAAAAUUUACUAGCCACUUUGGAAGAGAACGCAGACCCGGAAUGUGUCGCUCUUACGAUGGAAUUUUUACUAUCAUUAGUGAAGCUAAAAUUAAGUGCUUUGACGCCUUUGUAUCCUGCGUGUAUAAAAUCAGCUAUGACAUGGGUACCUGUGGAACAAGUAUGCUCAAAAGCUUUAGCGCUCAUACGAAGCGUAAUAAUCGAUUCCCGACGCACCAAAACCUCCGUCCAAGUUUUAACGGAGCUAGAUACGUCUGUUCUUAUGCUUAUAACGAAUCCAGAGGAAGAAGGUAAUGGGCAGAUUGGAAGUCAAAACGCAGAAAUGGAAAUGAAGCAGGCCGAAUUAAUGCAACUAUUUCAAGAAAUGAUUAAAAUCCCUGCACUGAAAAAGAAGAUUAUGCAGUCGUUUAGCGAACAUGCAAUGCGCAAACUGUUUAGUCACGUGCUAAACAAUGAAUUUUCCGCCGCUGGAGAUUGGACCGGCAAUUUUAUCCAGAAUACUUCUACCAAUCUUUAUGUUCACGCCUUAGCUUUGACGGCAGACUUGGCAGCGAAUCAUUCCAACUGGUUAACACUGUACUCCGAAUUGCUCAGUAGGAAACAAGUACAGAUGAUAAUAGCGCUAGCAUUGUUCACUGGUGAUGGGGAAGUUAAGCAGAAAGUUUUGCAACUUACAUCAUCGAUUGGAUUUCCACAAGAAUGUGUUUCCGCAGUGGCACUUUGUAUGAAAGAAUUAGAACCAUUAAUACUGGUUCAGAGUACCAACAGUAACAUAUUGGAAGUCUCGAAUAAAGCGUCCCUGAAUUAUACUGGGAACGAACUGGCGCCAUUAUUUUCCAUCGCACAGGAAGAACGUCUCGAUACAUUUUUGGCUAAGCUCAAGUCAGCUUUCGAAUCGAAUCAAAUAAGUGAUAUUCCAACAUCUGCGGUGAUGGAAUUAUACGAAUAUAAGUUAGCAACAAUGAGACAUUCUGAAAGAGCGAUGCAAUCAAGUAUAGAGGCAGCGAAUAAUCAUGCUACCAGUCUUCAACACAGAUUAGCGCAAGUGGUAGCUGAGUCUAGUAGAUUACAUCAGUUAUUAUUUGACACCCAGCAGUGUUUAGAAGGAACAAAAGCUGAAAAAUCUAUAUUAACGAGAAAGCUUAGCGAGAUGGAAGAUCAAUCCAAAAAAGCGCUUCUUAUAAAAAAACAAGAAAUUGAAUCCUUGAAAAAAAUUGUAAAAGAAAAGUCAAUAAAUUUGGAAGAUUUAAGUGAAAAAUUAACACAAUGUACGAAAGAAUUGGAAACUAGUAACAAUAAAAUUGAUGUAUUGAGUAAAAAAGUCAAGGAAUUAGAUAACGAACGUUUAACCGCUGAAGCCAAAGCUACAGAUAUGGGCAAUAAAAAUCACGAAUUAAGUAAACUUUUGCAAAAAAUGAAAGAUUCUCUUAGUAAAAAAGAACAGAUUUUAGAAAAAAAGAAUGCAGAGAUAGAAGCAAAUCAAAGCGAUAUAUCUGCGCUUAAGCAAGAAAUUCAACAACUGGCGCAUAUGCUACAUACGUAUGAGCAAACCAUAUCAGAGAAAGAGAAAAAUAUUGAAAGAAUGAAAGGAGAAUUGAAAGAGUUGAGCCGCAUGCGGGAUAUGAUCUUUGAGCUUACUGCUAAAAACAAAGACGACAAUUCAAGUUAGCAAUUUUUUCAUUUUAGAAUUAUUAAUAAAUAUGGACAUGAUACACACAUGAAUAAAAAUAUACACAUAAAUAGAUCAAUAUAAUUUGUAUACCUAACAUUUUCAUGUGAGUACAUGUAUCAAUUUUAUAUAUUCAAUCAUGUUUUAAUUAUUUGCCACAUAAACAAAACAUAUUUGUAAUAUUUUAUAUUAAUAUUUUUUACUUUGGGAAAUUUAACUACAAAAACGGCACAAUAUUUUAACAUAAAAAAAUUUAUUGAAGGAAUAUGUGGUAGAAACGUGAUCAAAAAAUUGUAUAAAUAAUCAAUUAUUGUUAUUGUACGAUUGUUCAUUGCUUAUUCAACAUUAUCAUUACAUUUCCAUAAAACUUUGUGUAUAAUUUGCGCGUAGGAUAAAGCUCACAUUUUUAUCGUACAUUAAAAUGUGAGUAUAUAUCUUUGCAUAUCGUUACGCAAAUUUUCGUACUGUUAAACAUAUUGUUGAAUACAUUGAAGAUAUAUAUGCAUAGUAUAUGCAUGCAUAUUCCAUAUGGUUACUUUUCUGUCAUGCUAGGUACAAUAACUAACGAUUUCUACUUAUUUUAUAUCGAAAUAUUUGAAACAAAAUUUCUAUGAAUAAUUAUACACGUAUCCUGCUGUUUGGAAUGACAAAAUCAUUUCUUUGCCUCAUUUUUACGUACUUUACUACAUCAGAAAUGUAUAACGUCAAUGAUAUAUGUAUUAAUACUGUUAUAAUUUCACUUACAUCAUAGAGAAGCCAUUUAUCUUACUAUUCCCUUUGGCAUUAUAAAAUAAAUACCUUUGUUUUUAAAGCCAUAAAUUAUUAUAAGUAUUAGAAUAUUUAGAGACAAUAACAAAUAUCGUUUUAAAUUAUAAAUACAAAAUAUUUAUAUAGCAUUUUUAAUACCAUUGCUAAUAAUUUCAAUUGCUUUUUUCUCCAGUUUAUCAUCCAUAUACAUCAUUCUUAUCAAAUAUAAUAAAAAAAGAGGUGUGUGUGUGUGUGUGUGUGUGUGUGUGUGUGUGUGUAUCUGUAAAAUUAAAUGCUACAUAAACAAAGUGUUUUUAACUAGUACAAAAAAACUCUAUACGUAAAAAUAAAUCGAAGAUGCAGAAUAGAAUAUUUUCAUCUUUUUUUUUAAAGUUAAUAUUAAAAUUUUUAAAUUUUGAACAUAAAUA